AUGACAGACCCGAAGGGUGCGAACGAUGUCGAACUGAACGCCCUGCCGCGUAAUCAGUCAGCGAACCGGUUCCAGGUUAACCUUGUCAAUCAUGACGCCCAUGGGCCCGGCAAUGGCACGGCACCUGAACCGGCCACCGAGGACGACGUCUUCCCGGAGGAGAUGGUCAAACGGCGCACCUCUCGUUUGCAGUCCCUUCGCAGCAGUUUCCGCACCGACCGCGACCGGGAUCCGGAACAGCCGCGCCAACGAAAGCCUUCGACCCGCUUCAACGUCGAGGGUGGCGAGUCGGACUCCAACGACGACGAGGAGGAUAAUCUGAUCGAUGAGAACCGCUAUGCGCGGAGUUUUCGACACUUCACACGAGAGGCUCUACCGCGGAUGGAUAACUAUCGCAACAUCCUGUCAUUCCAGGGCAAUCAGAGGCCCACGUUGGACGAGCUACACGACGCUUCGAUCACAACCAAGGAAACAAUGCGCCGUGGGACGGUACACGAACCGGCUGAGAUGGACGGUUCCAUAAAGUUCGGCUGGAUUAAGGGUGUCCUGAUGCGCUGCCUGCUAAACAUCUGGGGCGUGAUGUUGUUCCUGCGAUUGAGCUGGGUCGUCGGCCAAGCCGGAAUCGUGCAGGGUGUCGUGCUCAUCAUGAUGACGACUGUAGUGACCACAAUCACGGCCCUCUCGAUGUCCGCCAUCAGCACAAACGGUGUGAUUAAAGGUGGUGGGACGUACUACAUGAUAUCACGCUCACUUGGGCCCGAAUUUGGUGGCUCAAUCGGGUUGAUUUUCUCACUCGCAAACGCCGUCGCUUGUGCCAUGUACGUGGUCGGUUUCUGCGAGUCCAUGAUCGAUCUGCUUGCCUCCUUUGGGUUGUCGAUUGUCGAUGGUGCCGUGAAUGACGUGCGGAUCAUCGGAUGCAUCACGAUCGUCGUUUUGCUGUGCAUUGUUGUCGUCGGUAUGGAAUGGGAAGCGAAAGCUCAAAUCGUGCUGCUCAUCAUCCUGCUCGUGGCCAUCGUAGACUUUUGUGUCGGCUCCAUCUGGGGACCAAAAUCAGACACGGACGUGGCACGUGGUUUCAUCGGAUUCAACGGCACACUGCUGAUGGAGAAUCUACACUCUGAUUACCGACCGGCUAAGGGCACGGAUCAUGACUUUUUCUCCGUCUUUUCGAUCUUUUUCCCGGCCGCUACUGGUAUCCUGGCCGGGGCCAACAUCAGCGGUGAUCUGAAGGACCCGUCAUCUUCCAUUCCGAAGGGCACGAUCCUGGCCAUCGUGCUAACGUCGGCUUCCUAUAUUGGCAUGGCCGUGAUCGCUGGUGCAACGGUGCUGCGAGAUGCCACUGGUAACCUCACGGACGUAGCGAACGGAACGUGGGACUUCUCGAUCUGCGCGGAACAAGGAUGCAGCUACGGACUGCACAACUCUUUCCAAGUGAUGGAGCUGGUAUCGCUCUUCGGGCCACUGAUUUACGCCGGUUGCUUUGCCGCAACGCUAUCCUCUGCUCUGGCAAGUCUCGUGUCAGCUCCGAAGGUGUUCCAGGCGCUGUGCAAGGACAAGCUGUACCCCAAGAUCAGCUGGUUUGGUAAGGGCUUCGGCAAGAAUAACGAGCCCGUACGUGGCUACAUCCUGACGUUUAUCAUCUCGGUGGCGGUGAUCCUUGUUGGUGAUCUCAACAUGAUCGCACCACUCAUCUCGAACUUCUUUCUGGCGGCGUAUUGCCUGGUCAACUUCAGCACAUUCCACGCCAGUUUGGCAAAGCCCGUCGGGUGGCGUCCAACGUUCAAGUAUUACAACAUGUGGCUUAGCCUGAUAGGUGCUAUUUUCUGUAUUGCUGUCAUGUUCCUGAUUUCCUGGCCAACGGCUCUGGUCACGUUCGCCGCCGUUCUCUCGCUGUACCUCAUUGUGUCUUACCGCAAACCGGACGUUAACUGGGGCUCAACGACGCAAGCUCAAACGUACAAGAACGCACUGAUGUCCGUGCAGCAGCUGAACAACGUCGAGGAGCACGUCAAGAACUACCGGCCGCAGAUACUGGUUCUCGGUGGACAUCCUAGCUCACGUCCACUGCUAGUGAACUUCGCCUAUCUACUCACAAAGAAGCUGUCACUGCUCGUGUGCGGCCACGUCACAAAGACGCACGUUUCGCAGAAGUACCGCAAUCACCUGCAGAAGAAGGCCGCCGAGUGGUUCCGGCGUCACAAGGUGAAGGGUUUCUACUCGCUGAUCGACGACAACGACUUCGAGACGGGUGCACGUGCGAUCAUGCAAGCGUCCGGUAUCGGGAAACUACGCCCGAAUGUGCUGCUGAUGGGCUACAAGAGUGACUGGGAUCGGUGCGAGUCAACCGAGCUGGAGCAGUACUUCAACGUGGUCCACAAGGCGCUCGACAUGUACUUAUCGGUGGCGAUCCUGCGCGUCAGCAAGGGCUUCGAUUACUCGCAGGUGCUUGGCGAGGACACGGUGAAGUUCAUCUCGGAGUAUCCGCGCACGCUGGUGUCGAACGACAGCACGAAUGAUCUGCUUUCUCACAACAAGGUCAGCUCGCUGCACGGUAGCUGCGAUUCGCUGAGUCGUAACGUGUCGCAAGAUCAAGCCAUUGAUGUGAAUGAGAAAAAUUGCAAAAACCUCAAGGCCAGCAGUACGAGUGACCUGAGCAAAACCAUUUCCGUAGCACCGGAUCCGAUUGACAUCAACGCGAAACUCAUAACGGAAACCGGCCAGCGGUCGCUGAAACGAGGCGAUCCGUCCUUGCUGUAUCGCGGUCCCGGUGGUUCCGAGCUACCGAAGGAGGUGCUCGACGACCUGACGCAGUUCACCUCGAAGAAGAAAACGGGCGUCAUCGAUGUGUACUGGCUGUACGACGAUGGUGGGCUCACGUUACUGCUACCGUACAUCAUCAGCACCCGGCGGAACUGGAGUUCGUGCAAAUUGCGCGUAUUUGCGCUGGCCAACCGUAAGACGGAGCUUGAGUUCGAGCAGCGCAACAUGGCCAGUCUGUUGGCAAAGUUCCGCAUCGACUACUCUGAUCUGCAGCUGCUGCCAGAUGUCACCAAGAAGCCGAACCAAGAGAUGGCCGAUUUCUUCAAGGCGCUAAUUAAGGAGUUUACCGGAAAGGACGACAUCUCGGAUGCCAGCACAGCCGGUGCAUCGUAUAUAUCGAAGGCGGAACUGUUGGCCGUGCAGGACAAAACGAACCGGCACCUGAACCUGCGCGAAUACCUGCUAAAACACUCGAGCAAGUCCGACCUCGUCGUGAUGACGCUUCCGAUGCCACGGAAGGGCGUCGUUUCGGCUCCACUUUACAUGGCCUGGCUGGAGGCGCUGAGCCGGGAUCUGCCUCCGUUCCUGUUCGUUCGAGGCAACCAAACGUCCGUGUUGACGUUCUACUCCUAGAAGCCAAGCGGCCCUUGUUGGCGCAUUCUCGACAUUCGUCUUUGCAUUUUAGUCGACAUUUUCCCAUCACACGUCGAGGAAUUUUCCACGUUCCCCAUUUUCACGCUACCACAUUCACCGGAGCCGUGGAGCUUCGUUGCGAAACACCUGGACCAGUGCACACGUCGAGGCGUUUGACUCACUCCAAUCGCGAUUUCGAUUCCGUAAACACCUCAACGUACCUCUUUAUUCGCAUUCUAACUUAUAGCUCCCGGACCGAGCGCCCCAUUGUGUUCCAGUGAUCGAGCGGGUGCGAUAAAAGGGGUUUUGCAUUAGCAAAACCCAUUACAGCAGCACCUUGCGGGAGAAGACGUACGAGAACGGGUCUUUUCCGAGAAGCUCUUCGAGGCAAAAACCCUCCGUUAAUGGGCACAUCCAUGAACGGCUGCUGGCGGUGUGUUUCUAUUUUCCGGCCCAUCAUCACCUGGUAAAGGGUUGGAAGCUGGUUGGGCUAUUUGUUCGGUUUCCGUAUCAUGCUUCAUCGCGUUUUUAUCAUAUUUAUUCUGUGCGUUCUGUCCCUGGAGCGUUCAUGG